CCUUGCCGCGAAUUUCAACCAGAUCAAACUGUCGUUUAGGCGCGCAAGGGCAACCUUUAAGCUCCCUUUCAGGGCUUUAUACUUUUUAUUUAUAAAACAAGUGGUGCAGGAUAUACAUCAAUAUUUAAUACAACACUAUGGCUACUCCUCCCAAGAGAUUUUGUAGAAGUUUUGACGCUGACCUCAGCUUUGAAAAAAGGGCAUUGAAGAUCUCAAUAGAGGGAAACAUAGCUGCUGGCAAGUCAACGUUUGUGCGCAUGUUGGAGCGUACGUCAGAAGAGUGGGAGGUCAUACCAGAACCCAUAGGAAAGUGGUGCAAUGUGCAAACCACAGAGAAUGAGUACGAGGAGCUUAGCACAUCACAGAAGAGCGGAGGAAACCUCCUGCAGAUGUUAUAUGACAAGCCCAGCCGCUGGUCCUACACUUUCCAGACGUACGCCUGCCUGAGUCGUGUCCGUUCACAGCUUCAACCCCCUUCUGCCAAACUUCAGCAGGCUGAGAAACCUAUCCAGUUCUAUGAGCGUUCUGUCUACAGUGACCGGUAUGUGUUUGCAUCCAACCUCUUUGAAUCUGGAGAUCUGAACGAGACUGAAUAUGCCAUCUACCAAGACUGGCAUUCAUGGCUCCUCAGUCAGUUUGAGGCUCAGCUUGAGCUAGAUGCCAUGAUCUACCUUCGUGCAGAUCCAGAGAGAUGUAUGCAGCGUCUUCAGUUCAGAGGGCGAGAGGAGGAACAGGGGAUUCCACUUGAGUAUUUGGAGAAGCUGCAUUAUAAGCAUGAAUGUUGGCUGUACAACCGGACCACAAAGGUUGAUUUUGAGUAUCUUAAAGACAUUCCAAUAUUGGUCCUGGAUGUUAAUGAGGACUUUAAAAAUGACAGAAUUAAACAAGAAGGAGUAAUGGAUAAGGUGAAGGAGUUUCUGAACACGCUGUAGCAUCCAAUCCAACUGCUUGACUUAUGUAUACUGGUGAUUUAUCACUAGUAUUCUGGAUCACUGCCUGUUACCACUUAAAUGAUUUUUUAUCUGCUUUUUGUUGAGCUUAUUGUACAUAUGUAUGUGUUUUUUAUUAAAACAUGAUUUUUAACAUUUUACAACCAAGCAUUAUAUCAAUAUA